UUCCCUAUCCCUUAGGGUAACGGGACUCAGGGAAGGCCGGGCCCAGGUACAUCAGCCGGGUCUCCCUUCCUAGACUCCAGCUCCGGGUAACGCGGGUACAAAGCAUCAUCUUCGGGGCGCUCCUUGCAGUACGGACGGAGGCUGGAGACCGACGUCUCCUCUGGGUGUUUAGUGGCUCGCUGGGGCUGACAGCGAGGGAAGCCGCCCGGGGCGUGGGCCGGCUCUUACCAGCGAAGCGGAUCUUCACCAGGUCCAGCGGGUGCAGCGCCAGGUUGGACAAGACCCCGCCGCUCACGCCAGCCACCAGGUUCUCGUACCGGACGUGGCGGAACACCGUGCUCCACGCCGCCGACCCGGCGGCCGCCGACUGGCCCUGGCCUGUCAUGGGCUCCGGGUUCGCCGGCACCACGGCGCCGAGCGCCGCCGACGUGGGACGAGAUGUAGUGGCCGCCACCGUGGCGACAGUCGCGGAGGCCCGGGGCCAGGAAGGCAGGACGCGAGCCCACUUCCGGGACCGGAGCCCGGGACACACGCGGGCGAGACCGGCGACGAGACCCGAGCACGAGCCGAGCCGAGCCCCCUCGGCCACGCCCACAGCUGCCUGAGCCCGCCCACCCGUUAGCGUCACGCAAGCGACCGCUGAAGGACCGCCUCCAGCCCCGGACGGAGCGACUACGGAACGCCGCGGGGUCCAGGGCAGCCAGCCCGCUGCUACACGGCGGAGCCACGUGACAGGAAGAGGCCUGCGGAAGGCGGAAGUCGCGUGUCUGCCAGGAGGCCGGCGGAACCCGAACCCGGCUAGAGGCUCGUGGGGCCCGAGACCCAGAGCCGACAAGAUGAAGGUGAAGAUGCUGAGCCGGAACCCCGACAACUAUGUGCGCGAAACCAAGCUGGACAUACAAAGAGUUCCAAGAAACUAUGAUCCUACCUUACAUCCUUUUGAAGUCCCACGAGAAUAUAUAAGAGCUUUAAAUGCUACCAAAUUGGAACGAGUGUUUGCAAAACCAUUCCUUGCGUCCCUGGAUGGUCACCGUGAUGGAGUCAAUUGCCUAGCAAAGCAUCCGAAGAGCCUGACGACGGUCCUUUCUGGGGCAUGUGAUGGAGAGGUUAAAAUUUGGAACCUGACUAGACGAAAAUGUGUCCGAACGAUACAAGCACAUGAAGGCUUUGUGCGAGGGAUAUGCACUCGCUUUUGUGGGACUUCCUUUUUCACUGUUGGUGACGACAAAACUGUGAAGCAGUGGAAGAUGGCCGGGCCGGGCUGUGGAGAGGAGGAGGAGCCACUGCAGACCAUACUAGGAAAGACAGUGUACACCGGCAUCGACCAUCACUGGAAAGACCCCGUCUUCGCUACCUGCGGACAGCAAGUAGACAUUUGGGACGAACAAAGAACCAGCCCCGUGUGCUCAAUGAACUGGGGAUUUGACAGUAUAUGCAGUGUUAAAUUUAACCCCAUUGAGACAUUUAUCCUGGGAAGUUGUGCUUCUGAUAGGAAUAUAGUACUGUAUGAUAUGCGGCAAGCCACGCCUCUGAAGAAGGUUAUCUUGGAUAUGAGAACAAAUACAAUCUGUUGGAACCCUAUGGAAGCUUUCCAUUUUACUGCAGCAAAUGAAGAUUAUAACUUGUAUACCUUUGAUAUGCGUGCCCUGGACACACCUGUUCAGGUCCACAUGGAUCACGUCUCUGCGGUACUUGACGUGGACUACUCCCCCACUGGGAAAGAGUUUGUGUCUGCCAGUUUCGAUAAGUCUAUCAGAAUCUUCCCUGUGGAGAGGAGCCGGAGCAGGGAAGUGUACCACACAAAGAGAAUGCAGCACGUUAUCUGUGUGAAGUGGACCUCCGACAGCAAGUACAUCAUGUGCGGCUCUGAUGAGAUGAACAUCCGCCUCUGGAAGGCUAACGCCUCGGAGAAGCUGGGCGUGCUUUCAUCACGAGAAAAGGCAGCAAAUGAUUAUAACCAGAAGUUAAAGGAAAAAUUUCAGUAUCAUCCGCAUGUGAAACGGAUUGCUCGCCAUCGACAUCUGCCGAAAUCCAUCUACACCCAGAUCAAGGAGCAGCGCAUCAUGAGGGAGUCCCGUCGCCGAAAGGAAAUGAAUCGUCGUAAGCAUAGCAAGCCUGGAUCUGUGCCAGUUGUGUCAGAGAGGAAGAAACACGUAGUGGCAGUUGUGAAAUAAUGUUUUGUCUUCCUACCGAGCUUGAUAUAUAAUUAUUUGCUACUUCUGAUUUGGGAACCCUGUAAAUAAACGUCCUGGCUCUGGAUUAAUAGUAAA